CUUGCAGCUUCCGAUCUCCUCUUUGUUGUGCCUCUCCCUUUCCAAGCCCACUACGCUUCAGACCAGUGGGUUUUUGGCAAUGCUAUGUGCAAGAUAAUGGCUGGCAUUUAUUACACAGGUUUUUAUAGCAGUAUUUUCUUUAUAACUCUCAUGAGCAUAGACAGGUAUAUAGCAAUUGUCCAUGCUGUCUAUGCUGUGAGGAUACGGACAGCCUCUUGUGGCAUAAUUAUCAGUUUAAUCCUGUGGCUGGUGGCUGGCUUGGCUUCUGUACCCAACAUCAUGUUCAACCAGCAGCUGGAAAUCGAGCAGUCUGUGCAGUGUGUCUCCACAUACCCACCAGGCAACAACACCUGGAAGGUUGCUUCUCAGUUCACAGUCAAUAUCUUAGGCCUCUUGAUUCCUCUUAGCAUCCUCAUUUGCUGCUAUGCCCAGAUACUGAAAAACCUGCAAAAAUGCAAAAAUCGAAACAAGAUGAAGGCGAUCAAGAUGAUUUUCAUCAUUGUUAUUGUUUUCUUCCUUUUCUGGGCUCCCUUCAACAUCGCACUGUUCCUAGACUCCCUGCAGAGCCUGCACAUCAUUGAUGACUGCAAGACGAGCUACCAGAUAGCCGUGGCCCUGCAGCUGACGGAAACUAUCUCCUUCAUCCACUGCUGCCUGAACCCCGUGAUCUACGCCUUUGCUGGAGUGAUGUUCAAGGCCCAUCUCAAAGGACUGCUUCAGUCCUGUGGCCGUGUCCUCUCCAGCCCUAUUAGAGGUUCAGGGGCUGGUCAGUUGUUUCCAGCGCCCACCCAGCUCUCUGGCUGCUCUGACAGCGCAGGGGUCCUCUGA